ACGCUAACGACUAUUUUCGAAUCUAUUCAAUUUCUACCGUUCUACGAUUUGGUUAUUUAGAAUGCCAUAGAAAACAGCAAAAAAAAAAAACUAUAAGUUUUUUAGUUUUAGUUAAAAGUGUUUGCAAUAUAGGAGGAAAAUAGACAUAAAGAUCUGCAUUUAAAAUAUAGAAAAUGAAUUUAUUAGAAGAGAUAAACUUUGAUUGGGAUAUUCCAAAUUUUAUUCCACAUGAAAAUUAUAUUUCUAAUUCAUUUGCUUUGAAAGGAAGUCCAACUAUAAAAUGGUUUAUUACCGUAUGUGCAACUGAUUCGUAUGCAGCAUAUCAUAAUAAACAAACUUCUAUUCAUAAAUUUUUACUUUCCAAUGAGACUAAAUUAACAUCAUAUUUUCAAAAUCCAAUAGAAAUAAAAUUUAUUCUUGGAAUCUAUCCAAAUACAAAAAUAUUUACAAUGACUGGAAUGCAUAUUUUAGAUUUUGAAAAUAUUAUUAAAACCAAGGAAUUAAAUAAAAUAUUUACAACUAAUGGUUUUGGAAUCAACUCAUUACAUGUUAGUCUCGAAAUUACACAAUUAAUGAAAACAAAUGAAAAAAAGUCCAUCGAUGUUGAUUCAAUUUCAACUUUGAUAAAUAAUUUUAAACCAUUUUUAAUUAAUGAUACAUUAAGUGAUGUUGUAUUUCAAAUAAAUAGCAAAGAAUUUCCUGCUCAUAAAAUAGUACUCGCUUCUGUGAGUCCAGUUUUUGAAAAAAUGUUUACUCAUCAAAUGAAGGAAAAUUUAACAAAUACUGUUCAAAUAAACGAUGCAGAUUCAGAUUGUUUUAAGGAAAUGUUAAAUUAUAUCUAUACUGGUAAUGUUGAAAAUUUAAAUACUAUGGCAUUUGGUCUUUAUGAAUUGGCUAAUAAAUAUGAUAUAUCAACAUUGCAAACAAUUUGUGAAAAAUGCCUAAUUGUGAAUUUGGCUGUGGAUAAUGCAAUUUCUAUUUUUCAACUUGCCGAUCAAUACAAUAAUUUGAAUUUGAAGAAAAAAUGCAUUGAAUAUAUUGAUAAAAAUUUUACAAAUGUUAAAAAAACUGAAACAUUUAAAGUUCUUGGAAGAGAAUUAUUAAUGGAAUUAUUCUGUGCAAUAAAAAAUUAAAAUGAAAAUUUAUUGUAUUAUUACAAAAAAUAUUAUAUAAGAAAUUCUAUUUCAAUAUAAAUAAUAAAAUAUAUUUUCCUAUUAUUUUACA